AUGCCGGAUGCCUACGUUCUACACAGGGUUCUCCGCGGCGUCGCAACCUGGGCUAUCGUUGCUUUCUUCACCGAAAUCCACAUCAUCGGGAGCGAGAACGUGCCCAGGGAUGGCCCUAUCAUCGUCACGGCAACUCACCACAACAUGAUGAUAGACCCGGCCGUACUGUCGACCAUGUUCCCCUACCAGCGGAUUUUACAUUUCUGGGCCAAGGCGUCACUGUUCGCGAACCCGGUCGCAGGUUACAUCCUGACUUCUGCAGGCAACAUCCCGGUCGACCGCAAGGCGAAGGACCGGCGCCAGCUCUUCGGCGGCACCUUCAAGACGCUCGCCCGCAGCGAGGCCGUCGCCGUCUUCCCCGAAGGCACCUCCUACACGGAGCCCCGCAUCGUCCAGGUCAAGGACGGUGCCGCGUGGGCGGCACUGGAGUACGCCAAGUGGGCGCAAGAGAACCCUGGCAAGGUCAGGCCCGGUGCCGAGCGUGCGCGGAUCGUCACUGCAGCGAUCGUGUACACGAACAAGACAAAGUACCGAAGCAAUGCCAUCAUGGAAUACGGACCGCCGAUCGAUGUGGACCCAUACUUGGAGCAGUUCCUGUCCGCAGAGGAAGGCGCACCCCGCGCGGCCGUAAAGCGCCUGACCGCAGCUCUGGAGCAGCAGCUCAUUGAGGCGACCAUCAACGCGCCUGAUUGGGACACGCUCUACGCCGCACGCAUGGCAAGGGACCUCCUCUGGGAGGACGAGAAGCCAUUAGCCUCGACGACUUUGUCCCCCCUCGUCGACCUCUUCUGCACCCCGGACCUCGUCCCCAACCUCACAGCGAUCAAGCGGCACCUGCUCACAUACUACUCCCUCCUCCAGUCCACGAACCUCACCAACUCGGUGCUUGCCUCGCUCCCGCUCCCUGAGACGCUCGACCCGAACCGCCCGAUCCCGGUCCCGAGCCGCCUCUUCACGCUCUCGCUGCUCGUCCGUGACACCCUAGCACUGCUCGUCGGCCUCCCGUUUUUCCUCGGGCCGCUGCUCAUGCACGUGCCCGCGUAUGUCUUUGCGAGAGUGGGCGCUCGGCUCGCGAAGGACGAGGAGGAGACGCAGGCGCAGAACAAGGUCGUGUUUGGGUUGUUGUUGCUCAUGCUGAUCUAUCCGGCUGCGUUCUUCUUUAUUUGGGCGUUCUUAUGGUACACACCGCUUGGUGCGCUGGCGUCGGGGACAUUGGUCGUGCUUGUUGCUAGCUAUCACAAUAAGCUCGUGAACAAUAAUUACGAACGCGUGAAACGUCUCGUCGCGGCCUGGCGCAUACUCGUCGGCGUGUGGAUACCGAAGAAAUGGGACCUCUCGCUGAACGCCCUCGCACAGUACACCGUACCCAGCUUACCAGCCGAGAACGAAUGGAUCGACCGCUCCAAGGUGACGCCGCGCAAGACCCCAGCCUCCGAGCCCCCCGUGAACGGCUCGUCCACCCGCGCCUCGUCUUCACGCAAGCGCCGCCGCCCGCCAACGCGCAGGCUCAUCCGACACGUCCUCCGUGCACGCGUCGAGGCCGCCAAGGCGCUCGCCUCGCUCUUCGAGCAGCUCGAGAAGGGCUCGGGUUCAGACGGCAAGCGCGUCGCGGCAUCUGCGCACCUCGCGCACGCGCACGGCGGCGGCGUCGACCCGCACCCGCAUCCGGACCUGUCAACCGCGGAGGGCGUGGAGGCACUGAUGGAGCCCAUAGGCUGGCGGUACGCGAGGGAAGUUGUGAGCUUUUUGAGAAAGAGGGGCGCACGGAUCGCACAGCUGGAGGAGCGCGUGGAGGGUGACUGGGCGGCGUUGAGUAGCGAGGGCGAGCAGGAUAGUGAUGUCGUGACGACGGACGGGGAGAGGAGCGACCUUGUGUUCGUGCCGCCUGAACAGCCGUCACCCGGGCGGGAUUGA